GUGCUUGGGGAUGGCAGGUAGACCUAGUACUCCAGAAACAUGGAGCCUGUUCCAUUUCUCUCUAGCUGGAGCAGAGAGAGUUGGGCACUCCAUGUGGAGUGGGGGGGUGGAAGUCAUACUGGCCUCUUUAUCUGCCAUGUGAAAGCAAUUCUAAUUUGAAUUGCUGCUUUGUGUUGAAGUGUCUGAGUGAUCUGCAAAUAUGUUACUGCAUGGGUGUUAUGGAAUGACUUUAGGCAGAGGAGAUGAGCAUUUUGGUAUCAGGGGAAAACCAGGAGCUUCUGCUCUGACUUGUUCUCCAUGACUGCUUUUUCCCUGUAACCAUGGGAGAGGUCUAAGGAGUCUUGAGUCCCAUGCCCUAACAAGAUGGGGUAGCCUGUAUCCAGCAGCCUGUGGUGUGGCCUCUUGCCAGUGUUCUCCAGAAAAGAACACUGGGGCUGGUGAACUGCCAGCUCUUAUCUGUGCAUAUCUUUCUCUCUGGCUUCUUGAAAGAAAAGUGUAUUAUUUCAGGAUGGUAUAAAUCAACCGGUCAACACAGUAUAAAAUGGUAACAGGUGCCUGGGGAUAACUCACGUGCAUAACACUUCUAGCUUUCCUCCUUUUCUGAAAGCACUUCCCCUGCAUGGUAGAGACAGAACUUCAAGCAAGGAAAUAUCAAAGGAUCCCUUACAAAAAGAAGCUUUCAGCUUCUCUCUCUGGGACCGAGUGUUGCUGAAGCAGUUUAUAACUCUGUGUUCCCUAAAGAGCUUUGUCUUAAUGGAGCUGACUGUCCAUACUACUUCGGGCUCUUUCUUCUACUUGAGCAUUAAAGCUUUUCUUGCUGCUGUUUUUAACCUGACAGCCACUUGAUCACUCUCCCAGAGAUCAAGUUGACUUUUUUUUUUCCCUUCUUCAGUCAAAUUGUCAGAAGGGAAAUACCUCUUCUAGCUGUUUUCUGUGUUCCUGGUCACUGAUGGCUGCUUUGUGUUGGAGCAGCUGCGCUCUUCUGUGACAAACUGAGAUGUCUCCCUGACUGGUACCUCCUUUCUCAUUUCCACCACAUGUAAAGGUUUUGGAUGGGGAGCGUGGGUAAUCUUUGCUUGCUGGCCUUUGUCUCCAACUACCUGCCACUAGACACAUCUCUGACUGCAGGGCUGAUCAGAGGAUAUGGGAGGGGAUACAUGACUGAUGGUAUUUACUGCUUUGGCUCACCCAAGGGUGCAUGAGAGUUCUCCACUCCCUGGCAGAAGAAUCUCUGGCAUGUGAGAAUGAAGGUGGUUCCCAGGGAAGGGAUUUUGACAAGGCACACACCUCGCUUCUUUGCUUCCCCUCUUCCAGGAUGGGUUAGGAAAUGGGUUCGUGUUCCCACUCCCUACCAAAACCAACUGAGCAGUGAAAAUUGCCUCCUGGGCCAUGUCAGCAGCAGAACAGCAGAGGGUACUGCAGGGCCAGCUUGCUUGGCAGAGCAGCCUGGGAGGGCUGUCCACACCAGCCCGAUGCAGGAGCGGAGGCAGUGCAGCCCUGCCCGGAGCUGAUUGUGCCUGUGGGUGAAGAGCUGCAGAGCCACAUGCUGAGCCUGACAGAUACUGAUGUAUGCAAAUGUCAGGUGAGGAAAAUAUGCUUUGCUUCCUAAAACCAUGCAUCCUGCUAUGUUGACACGGCAUGCUACAUCUCAGCCGAGCAGUUUAUUGAAUUUCAAGAGUUAUGGCUUUUUGUCUGGGAAUUUACUGUGGCAUGAAGAGCAUCACAGCUAUCUGAGAAGAUGAUGUGCAGUGUGUGAUUCCUUCAGCCCUGGCUUGGCCCAGAGGAAGCUGGCUGCCCUGCAUUUGUGUGUCCUGUAGGAACUGGAGCGAAACCAGCAUUACCUGGCAAUCAUUGGGAUUGCUGUAUUGGAGCAGGUCAGCUGUUCAUCUUGCCCAGGUUACAGCAUCUGAGAAAGCAGCCUGAUGUCUGGAAGUAAUGCCUUGGAGAAGUCACAUGACAUCUGACUGGAGAAAGCUGCACUCAUUUACCAGUGAGGGACGCUUUCUACUGACACCCAGUCACUGCUAAUUUGGUGGGCUUUGGGCAUUUUUGUGCUCUUCUCUUCCCCACACAAGACAGAUUAAAAACCGGUGAUGUGCUAGGAAAAGGCAUUGAAUAUUCCUCUACCUUACAAAUGAUCUUGCUGCUUCUGCAAGACAUUAACAGAGCCUUAAGAAAAAAAAAAAUCGGGUAGGAAGAGAUGCUCAUGAGGUUUUCUGCAGUCCCUUGUUUUGCCCCCAUGAAGAAACUUUGACAGCAGUCUCCAAGAUGAUCUUUUAUGGCUUUUAACAGAAGAAUAUCCAGCCCCUUGGUGGCUGUGCCACUACAAAGGUGAUGUCCCACCAGCUGAGCCAUGACCAGUCAUGUGAGGUCGGGCUGUGGAGCUGUGGUGGAUGGGUUCUGGAAGCUAGGGUCUGCUGUGGUGCAGCCCCCUGAGGAGAGCCAUUUCCUCCCUUUCCACGUGCCUGACAAGAUGGUCUCCCAGGCGCCCAGAGCCAGCACCUUGCCCUGCUGCUGACUUGUGUUGUGGCAAAGUAUAUCAAAACCCCUACUAAACAUUAACUAAUAGAAUCAAGCUCUCUCUCCUUUUUCCUUGUUUAUUUUUCUUUCAAUUUUUUUCCCUCCCAUGGCCAUGCUGUAACUUUUCCAUCAGCUUCAGGCUUGCAGUCCUUCGGUCAGAGCCUAAUCUGGGACUCCUUGCCCUGCCACCUGAGCACUGACAAUGCUAGUGGAUGAUGACUUCCACUAGAAAUGUGACCACCAAGUGUCCUGAAAUGCUGUUGCUGAGCUGUAAGGUACAACUGUGGACAGCCCUUCUGCCAAAGUCCAUGUCAGAGCCAUCUGUGGAAAGCGAGAUAUGUUUUCCUUUGGGCAGUUGCCAUCUGUCUAAAUGCUUUAUGGCUUUUCACUUCAGUAUUAAAUUCUCCUCAAGUUAAUCAGUAAACACACUUUGCUGUAUUUUACCUAAUACGCUCUGAAGUGGUGGGAGUGGGUUGGGUUCUUCUUCCCUCUGCCCACACACCUGCCCACAUGUCAGCUUUGAGGAGCCUGUGGGGCUGUUCCCCCAUGAUCCCCAGGAGCAGGGACUGCCUCCAGUGAAGGUGUUGCUGGCACCAUGGUGUGCCAGGUGGAGCCUUUGUAAGUGAUGGUGCCUCUCAGGAACUUUGGCCCUGGAAGGGAGACUGCGCCAGGGAGAGAACCACCAGAAUGCAGGAUGUGGAGGAGGUGAAGUGCAGCUCUAUGUUCCCUGCCUGGGCUGGUGGAGGGAAGGAUGAAGGCAAUAUUUCAUGUUGUUUGGAGGGAAGGGCUCUGCACCGCUGGCUUCUUCCUGGCCUGACAUGGAUCCAUCAUGAUGGCAUAGUAUUACUGGUGGAGACAGCUAGGCAUGUAUUUUUGUCACCUUGAUCCAGAUACAGGAAAAUCUCAGCAUCUGGUCCACAGAUAGUAAAAAGCAAAUGGCAACGUAUGGCGAUACAGUGGACUUGAGAAUCACAGGAUGAAGAUGAGACGCCAUAAACUCUUUCUGACUCUCUGCAUGGCUGGUCUCUGCCUCAUCUCCUUCUUGCACUUCCUAAAGGCCCUUUCCUAUGUCACCUUCCCCAGGGAGCUGGCUUCACUUAGUCCCAACCUCGUCUCCAGCUUCUUCUGGAACAAUGCCCCUGUCAUGCCUCAGGUCAGCCCUGAGCCAGGGGCUGCGGAGCUCCUACGCACACCCCUGUAUUCCCACUCCCCCUUGCUCCAGCCCUUGUCUCCCAGCAGAGCCAGCGAAGAGCUGCACAAGGUUGAGUUUGUGCUGCCAGAAGACUCAACAGAAUACUUUGUCCGUACCAAAGCCGGUGGCAUUUGCUUUAAACCAGGCACCAAGGUGUUGGAGAAGCCACCUGUGGGAGGUCGGCAGGAGGAGCGAGCGGAUGGCGCAGCCUCAGGGCAGCCGGCUCGGAAGCCGCUGAGCGCCGGCGGAAGCAAGCGGCGCAAGUGGGUGGAAUGCGUGUGUCUGCCGGGCUGGCACGGCCCCAGCUGUGGGGUCCCCACCGUGGUCCAGUACUCCAACCUGCCCACCAAGGACCGCCUCGUGCCGCGGGAAAUUCCCCGGCGGGUCAUCAACGCCAUCAAUGUCAACCACGAGUUUGACCUGCUGGACGUCCGCUUCCAUGAGCUGGGAGAUGUGGUGGAUGCUUUUGUGGUGUGCGAGUCCAACUUCACAGCCUACGGAGAGCCGCGGCCCCUCAAGUUCCGCGAGAUGCUCCUAAAUGGCUCCUUUGACUACAUCCGCCACAAGGUGCUUUACGUCUUCCUGGACCACUUUCCCCCCGGUGGCCGCCAGGACGGCUGGAUUGCUGACGAUUACCUGCGCACCUUCCUCACCCGGGAUGGUAUCUCUCGCCUCCGCAACCUGCGCCCAGACGACGUCUUCAUCAUCGAUGAUGCUGACGAGAUCCCGGCCCGUGACGGCGUGCUCUUCCUCAAGCUCUACGAUGGCUGGACAGAGCCCUUUGCCUUUCACAUGCGCAAGUCGCUCUACGGCUUCUUCUGGAAGCAACCGGGCACCUUGGAGGUGGUCUCGGGCUGCACCAUGGGGAUGCUCCAGGCUGUCUAUGCUACCGAUGGGAUACGUUUGCGACGCCGUGAGUACUACACCAUGCCCGGGUUUCGGCAGUACGAGAACAGCACGGGACACAUCCUGGUACAGUGGUCACUGGGCAGCCCCCUCCACUUUGCUGGCUGGCACUGCUCCUGGUGUUUCACUCCAGAGGGGAUCUACUUCAAACUGGUGUCAGCCCAGAAUGGGGACUUUCCCCGCUGGGGUGACUACGAGGACAAACGAGACCUCAAUUACAUCCGGGAGCUGAUCCGGACUGGUGGCUGGUUUGAUGGUACUAUGCAGGAGUAUCCCCCUGCUGACCCCAAGGAGCAGAUGUAUGCUCCCAAGUACCUGCUUAAGAACUACCAGCGGUUCCGCUACUUGUUGGAGAACCCCUACCGGAAGGCGGAGGGCGCUGGUUGAGGCCACGGAGACUCAGACUUGGGUGUGAAAUCAGAACUUCACAACAAAGGGAAAGAGUCGGGUGUUUUCAUCUGUUCCUUUUCUUCUUUUGUUUCCUUUGUUUAGGGGCAGGGUGUGCCGUUUUUCUGGGGUUUCUGCCCUCCCUCACUUCCUGUUCCUCUUCCCUUCGUCCCAGGGUGAUGCCUGGGAACCCAAUUUACUCAGUCACAUGAAGGGAGGCCUGGGCAGGAGGAAGAGAGAUGUUGAGGACCCCUUCUGUAGUAGCAUAAAGACUUCCUUGCAUCUUCCAAACCUCUCCUGCUGGCUGGAGAGAAUCUCUGCAGCCAGAUGGCAGAUUUUCCUCAGGGGGAGGCUGAGAGGGUCCCAUGGGGAGAGAGGGCAGCUGUUCCCAUCCACCCUCAUCCUUUGUGGAUUGGAGCAAGCACAGAUGCAAGCCUGGGCUAUUCAGUGAGCAUGUGAGUCAGCAGGCACAAACUUUUGUGAGUGGUUGCGUGUGCAGAUGUGUGUCACUGGCGUUUUUUGGAUGAGUGAAUGUACAAAAGCAUCUCAGUAUGCUGCCUUUUUUUUUUUCCCUUUUUUUUUUUAAUAUACCUCUAUAUUUUAAGGGUAUUUUGGGGAAGGGAAAUCCUUUGCUUUCAAGGUGUCCUUCUCAAAAUGCAGCCUCUUGCACUUAUGUGGCUUAAUGCAUUCUGUUGUGGGCUGGAUCUUGCCCCGGUACUCUACCAGUCCUGGAGCAGAUCGAUAGGAAGCAGAGGAGAAAGUUUGGUUUGAGGGGGUUUUCUGCUCGUUUUUCCCCCCUUGCCCCCACAACACUGUAUGGACUUGUCCUACAGAAGCCAAAGCAUCUUCCCUGCAGUACAUGCUUCUCUUGGGGCUGGGAUAAGCUGCAGGGGACUCAGUCGGAUGGUGGAAGUGUAUAUUUGCAAGUGCAUGGUUGCCUGUGUGCAUGAGUGCUCGCAUGCAUGGGUUUGGUGUGCACCUGGGUGUUUGUUACCAGUGUUGGGGCGGAAGAGGACGUAGUGGGGCUUUGCUGUGUGUGCUUGUAGAAAAUGAUGGGAUCCAGAAGCUGUAAUCUCAGUAUUGGCAUGGGUGACUUCUUGGGCAAUUCACAGGAGAGGACCAGGGAUAGAACUGGCUCUGCAUAGCAGUGCUGCACAUAUGGGACUGUUGCAUGCCUCUUUGGCUGCCUUUAGAGCCUUGCAGGCUGUGCCUGUAGCAGGGCUGCUGCUUACAUGUGCUGGCUACUCCUUCUUACCAUGGAGUAAUAAAAGGGAGAAGAGGAAGGGCAAAGUGCUGAUUGUUGUGGGCAAACAAAGCCUAUCAAGGCACGGGAUCCAUCUGUCUGCCCUUAAGGUGUGAGAGAGCUCAUGAGGAAACAGGCCAUGGCCAGAUUCUCCCUGGCGCCAAGACACUGUUUGGGGACCAUCAUGCAAUCCAGAGUGUGUGCCCCCACAUCUGUAGCCUGGGCCAUGCAGAGAAGACGUGGAGAGGACAAAGGAUCUCGGAGGGUGCUAGUUGCAGCUGGUUGGGCUGGUGUCUGCUCAGGCACAGACAGUGAGGAUCUGGCCUGCUGUUGUAUUCGAUUGUUUAGCUCACUGAGGAGGCAGAUUCUUGUUUCCACCCUUACCACCACCCUUCCUUAGCAGAUGGCUUGACAGAGUGCCCAGAGCCUUGGUUGUAGUGGGCAGAGGGUGAAAAACAUAAUAGACUUGCUCUCUUAGCCUUGCAGUGGAAAGACUGAUUCAUGUUCCAAGCAGAAGUCAUAUGGAGGAGGAUAAAGAAGAAGGCAUUGACACAAAGAAGUGUGGCCUUUCUGGCCAGCUGUUCUAAAGCAGGAGGGUUUUCAUUGCCCUUAACUCCAUCAGGGCUCUAUGGUCCUGUGUUGCCCAGCAUGUGCCACCCUUGUGCUGCAUUCCUCCCUAUGUCUCUCUCUCUUUUGCCCUCCUAGUCCCCUCUCUAGAGAAGGGAAAAUUGUCAACUAAAUUAACUUGCUUGCCUAAUAAGGCUGAGACUGGAAUAGAAAGACAAAUGUUUUUUUCUGAUCAAAUUGAGAUGCAGUUCACCUUAGCUUCUUCCACAUGUUGUGUGCCAUAAUGCCUGCUUAGAAGAACUGAAGGAACCUCUUUUUUUGUUAUUAUUUUUGGUUUCUUUAAAAUCGCUGUUCUCAGUUCAGUUGUAUCUUCCCCACAGGCAGAGAAGCCCCUUUGGGAAGUGGGUGGACAGCCAAACUCUGCUAGGCAGAAUGCUCUUCCCUCCCAGAGGGAAGUUGUGGCUUUUUUAAGUCUAGACUUAUUGAUGUAGCAGAAGGAGCUCCUGUCACAGUGAUGGAGUUUUGGUACUGGGCAACUCUGUGAAGGACUUAGGUGUAGGGAGAUUGUAGAGAAAUGGGGUCCCAGCUGAGAAAGAAGAAGCCUAUAUUGAGCAAGAUGAAAGCCAUAGCACUGAGGGUGCAGCACAGGGGAAAGAUGCUUUCCCCAGGGAAAGCUGGAGGAGAGCAGCAGGUGUGUUAGCUCAUGCAAUUCAGCAGCAGAAAAGUAUGGAAGGAAGAAACCAUUUUUCAUGAUAAUUCUGAGGUGUGAGCCUGAGGUCUGCUCUUGGAUCUUUUGACUUUGCCUUGUCUCCGUGAUAAUAGAAGGCCAGUGCCAGGCUUUGCUGGAGACAGAGGAGAAAGACAAGCCAGUCUUUGUAUGGGUGCUUUGUCAGCACCAGAGCCCCACUUCAGCAGGAGCUAAAGUUCACGUGUGCUGCGGCUUCACCUCCUUAUCUCCCACAGUGGGAGCAGCCUCUCCUCUGAUAUCAGCCCUCCCCACACAUGACCAUCCUUGGGGAUUUUUAGUGCACAGCAGUCACAUUUUAAGUGUUGAGGUAUGACCCUUGUCUCUUGGGAAUUUGAUAAGCCCACAGCUGCAGUAUCUGCGUCUCCUGUUCCUGAAGUACAGCCUGUUGCUUUCUCUCCUCCAUUAUUUGCUCUACAUUCUCCUCCCUCUGAUGUGUCUUUCCCUUCUGAUCCCUUAGGCUGGAGAAGAAGGUGUUGCUGGAACUCUUCUGCAGAACUCCUGCUCUGCCUGCCUCCUGGACUUACUCACUUCCUUAUUCUUAGGAAAUUAAAUUUAAACCAGACUUCUUGUUGUAGUGGGAGAAAGGGGCUUUACAGAUGAAAUGCAUUUUUUAUUGCUUCUCUUUCUCAAGAAUUGUUUAAACGUUUCUUGAUUUAAGGCCAAACCAGUCAAUGUUUGUCUAAUUUGUCUGGCUAACCCUGUAUUUAUUAUCCUUAGGGAGCUAGACUGCUUGUCAUUAAAAAUCUUCCUUCUUAUCCCUGAAGGGAACAGACACUACUAAGCUGGCUUUCACAACAGUGAUUUUUCCAAGGUUGUGGCUUACCCUCUGCUCAGUCUUGCCUGUGCUGCCUCUGCUGGGACCUCUGCAGCCAGGUUCUGGUGGGACAGCCACCCCUCCAUGCAACUGCCACAAGAGGGAAGUCAAAAGUAUGUGGGUAUGUGAGUUGGUGAGAGAGGCAAAGCAGGUGGCAGGUUUGUGUCAGAUCCUUGUUUCUCAGUGCUGGACUUGGAGGUGAGCACCGAAGCUCCUUCAUCGUAUCUGAACCAGGUUCUGGAAUUUGAGAAGGGGGAGACCAAGAACCUUGUCCUGGCACUGGGCUGGAACUGGGAUCAGACUACCAGAGCCUGAUGUCUGUGGGUUGUUGCAGCCAAAACUGUCCAUUGGACGGGGGUAUGCAUCACCAGCCUUUUCCCACAGCCUUCUUCAGCCUUGUGCUUUUUCAUUCUCAAAACCUUUUUUACCUUCAAUUUGGUAAAAAGUGGGGCCAUGAAAUAGGUGAAGCAGUGUGUGGCACACCCAAGCCUUGCAAUUCUUUCUGUCUCUUGUUGUCCUUGUGCUUCCCACCUAGAAUGAGAUUGUGUGCCUAUGCAUGGCUUUGUACUUGAGAAUGCCUCUUCCUCUUUUGCCCCAAGCGAAAGUAAGGACAUGGGCUUUGGUGGACCUGCAGCAGGUGAGCUUGCUAAAGCAGAAGGAGUAGGGCAGGUUAGACAUAUUUGCCCAUCUGGGGGUAAUGCUACACCCAAGUGACAGAAAAGAUAUGGUGACUUUGUGCCUGUGGUUGGUAUGGAGGAUGACAUGCUCAAGCCCAUUCUUGCUGUUGCAUUCUCUGAUCCCUGUGUCCUGCUGAGAUGUUUGCUGUUGUGCUGCCCAGGUCAACCUACUCUGUGUCUCUGUGACAGAUAAACCAAGGAAACCAGAGUAAACAAGGAAACCGAGUUGGCACGGAGGGAGGGUGUCGGAGCAGAAUGGGUGUUCAUUCCCCUCUGCCUGCCUUGCUGUUUCCUUGUGGGAUGGUGUCUCUUCCCCUCCUCAGGGCAAGAGGCUUGGGCUCUUGCCAGGGCUCUCUCCCUAUGUUCCAGCUCCUGCUGGCAAUCUCUGUGGCUGCUAUGCCUCUGCACUGUGAAGAUGUGUGUCCAGGGUCACUCCUGGUUCCAUUAGUGAACACUGGUGGAGAGGGAAGGGAUGGCUUGUCCUGGCUUCACUGACCUCUAACCUUGAGGAGAAAGGAGGGAAGUGAGUGGGAGAAUGGAUCCUGUAUCCUUCCAUCAUUGUGUUCUCCCUACCCUCCCUAAAACCCUCCUUUCUGAUUUGUGAGACAUUGGACAAACUCACUCCUAUUAUGGAAAGGGAAAGGGGAACUGGAGGGUAAGGGGGUGGCAGGUGGGGUUCAGAUCCAGCAUUGAGAAAGAAGAACUGUUUCUAAUGCAAUAUAUUGACAUUUUAAACUUUUGGGCACUACAGGUAAUGGAUUAAGAAGGGAUCUGAAAUACUCUGAAACUACGAAUUCAAACCACUGUUUUUUCUUGCCUGUGUGGAUGAUGAUGCAGUAUCAUCUUGGAGGUGGUUGAGCAGCACUUCUGAGCCUGGGGGUCACCUGGACCCUACUGCUGGUGUUGCUCCUGGAGGGGCUCCAGGACACCCUGCUUUGAAAAAAGAAUGCGUGGACUUGCCAAAAAACUAAAAAGAAAAGAAAAAAAUAAGAGCAUCUGCAAAGCUCCUUUCAAUUCUGUAAUUUAUAAACAGCAAGUAAUAAUGAACUUUUUGUAAGGAUAAAUCAAAUGUACAUUCUGAAAUCAUUUUCUCUGUAAAUGGUUGGAUUUCAUUUCACCCUUAAAGGGAUGCUUAAAAGGAGGAGAUAAUAAUAAAAAUUUAAAAAAAAUCACAAAGUAUGAAAAGAAAGCAAGAUGUGUAACAGCUUUUAUUUCUGAUUGCCUGGCCAAGGGGGCUGCUGGAAAAUGGAGUGAGGGAACUUCCCUAACUCGGCAGAGCACUGUUCCCAAGAAGGGAGAUUGAAGGGGAGCCUAGCUGGCGUGGGGACUGAUUCCUGGUUUUGUAGGCCCAUGUCAGACCUAAUCUGCAUGUUAGGUGAGUAUGAACAUGUAAAGGAACAUGAGUGCGGAAUGAUGGCUGCUGUGUGGUUCUCAGAAGAGCUGAUGGACGUGGUAAGCAGCAUCAUCUCAUAAAAUGGUCCCUUGACGCUAUCUUUGCUCCUUUGGAUGCAUCCAUUUUUCCAAGUAAAGCCCUGGAAACCCUGGAGCCUCAAAUUAAACUUCCCCACUGCAGAAA